CAGAGUGGCGCGCGCUGCUCGGUGUCCCGGAUGAUGCUCGCACCGGAAGAGAAGGGGGCAGCUCUCUCAGCCAUCUUGUGGCAGCAUCCAGCGAUUCGGUCGCAUCAAGCCUCGUAGAAUCGGAGGUGAAUCCCGUCGAAGGGGCGCCAUCAUGCCCGGACACUUGCAAGAAGGCUUCGGCUGCGUCGUAACCAACAGGUUCGACCAGCUAUUGGACGACGAAUCCGACCCGUUCGAGGUCCUGAAAGCAGCGGAAAACAAGAAGAAGGAGGGGGCCGCCGCUGGGUCCACGAAAACCGCGGCUCAAGCCGCCAAGCAGCCGAAGAAGGAGUCCCAGAAGGACAGGAAAAAUCCUCUGCUAGACAAAAAGGAGGAGUCUCAGGCGCCGGUUCCUCUGAAGAAAGAAGGAAUCAGGCGGGUGGGCAGAAGACCGGACCAGCAGGGUCAGUCCGGAUCCCAGCAUCAGGGCGGGCAGGGCGAAGGUCGACCCGCGGAUAAGAGGCCGGACCGGAGACCUCCCCGGGAGCGGCGCUUCGAGAAGCCCGCCGAGGACAAGCCGGAGGGAGGCGCAGACUUCCCCGUAGACAAGCCUUCUGGAGACAGGCCUCCCAGGGGGCGCGGCGGCGGCCGGGGGGGGCGAGGCGGACGAGGACGCGGCAUGGGCCGCGGCGAGGGCUUCGACUCACGUGGGAAACGGGAAUUCGACAGACACAGCACCAACGACAAAUCUUCAAAGACUGAGGAGAAGCGCGGCGGCUCCGGCUCGCACAACUGGGGCACAGUGAAGGAUGAAGUGAGUGAGGCCGAACAGACCGCCGCCCCAGAGCCGACUCCGGAGGGAGAGGAAAACGCACCCGCCGGCUCCGAGAACAAAGAGAACGAGGUGGAAGAGGUGAAACAGGAAGGCCCCAAAGAGAUGACGCUGGACGAGUGGAAGGCCAUGCAGGACAAGGAGCGCACCAAGGUGGAGUUCAACAUCCGCAAGCCCAACGAGGGAGCCGACAGCCAGUGGAAGAAGGGAUACGUACUGCACAAGUCCAAGAGCGAAGACAGGCCUGUUGGUGCUUUGAUUGAUGCGUCGGAAACAGAAGCAGAACCUCAUGCUCUUUUCAACAAGGGCGCCGCUGACGAGUCCUCUGACCACCAUUUCCGCAAACCAGCCAACGACAUCACAUCCCAGCUGGAGAUCAACUUCGGAGACCUGGGGCGCCCCGGGCGCGGGCGUGGCGGCGCCCGUGGAGGCAGAGGGGGCCGCGGCGGGGGAGGCAGCCGGACGGCACGUGGGGGAGGACGCUCCGAAAAGGCCAGCGGAGUGUCGGUCCCCAACGUGGACGAUCCCGAGGCCUUCCCGGCCCUGGCCUGAAGACGCCGUCUUUUCCUCCACCAGCCCACCCAUCUGCCCUUCCGGGGGCCCCUCUUCUACGAGGCUUGCAUGCUUACCACAUCUUCAAAUAUAUAAGGAAAAAAAAAAGAAAAAACCCAACAGUGAAAAAAAAAAUAAAAUAAAAAAAAAGGCAGACUGUCAUCCCAUACCACUCACACCACCAGAGGACUCGAGUUUUAUUGGUUUUAAAGAAAAGACAAAAAAAA